GCCUCAGGCUUUGUGUUGUCGUCCAAUCACAGCACAGCCCUCACCUGUAGCUGACCUCUGAACAGAUUGGACUCUGGACCUGCAGUUGCAGUCUGACUGGAUUUGCUCACAAACUCAGGAUCUUUUUGUUGUUUCACACAUGAUGCAGGUUUUCACGUCUCCUCCUCUUCUUCUUCUUCCCUUCACCCUCCUGCUCUUUCAUCCCGUCUCCCCAGUACAUGGUGGCCAUGUUCUGGCAUUUCCGGGAGAGUUCAGCCAUUGGUUGAACAUGCGGACCAUCAUAGAGGAGCUGGUGAAGAGGAAUCACUCUGUCACCAUCUUAGUGCCUGAUGCAUCGCCGUCUGUCAACUACAACAACAGCCGUGACGCCGCCAAGUUCAACUUCCUGAUCUUCAAGGUGUCAUAUAGUAGGGAGGAAUAUGUGGGCACCAUGCAGGAAUUCAUCCACUUCUCCAUGUACGAGUCACACACCUCUUCACCGCUGCAAAAGAUCAUAAAGAUGAACUAUUUCAUGGGCCGCACCCUGGACUUUGGGAAGCAGCAGUGUGAUGGGGUGCUGAAGAACCAGCAGCUGAUGGCGAUUCUGCAGGAAAGUGCUUUCGACGUUGUCCUACAAGACCCCCUUGCAAUGUGUGGCGACCUGGUGGCUGACAUGCUUGGCGUGCCGCUCGUCCUCUCGCUACGCUUCAGCUUUGGCAGUGUUAUGGAGCGACACUGUGGCCACGCCCCGUUGCCACUAUCUUAUGUUCCAUUAGCUCCUCUUCCAUACAACGACCGCAUGACGUUCACGGAGAGACUGAUCAACAUGGUGACAUACGUGGCGUCGUCCACUCUAACUGAACUUGCCUGGAAGCUUUCUGUGAAUAAAUACUAUAGUGAAAUCAAAGGAACUCCCAGCAGUGUGUGCGAGACUAUGGGGAAGGCCGACGUGUGGCUCAUUAGGACGUUCUGGGACAUCGAGACGCCACGGCCAACCCCGCCAAACUUCAAAUACGUGGGCGGUCUACACUGCAAACCGGCCAAUCAGCUGCCAGAGGACCUGGAGGCAUUUGUGCAGAGUUCAGGUGAUGCCGGCAUAAUUGUGGCUUCCUUCGGCUCCAUGGUAACCAACCUGACGAUGCAGCACGCUAACAUCAUCGCCACCGCCUUCGGUCAGAUCCCACAGAAGGUGAUUUGGCGUUACCGUGGCGAGCCUCCAACUGCAUUGGCGCCAAACACGAAGAUUUCUGAUUGGAUCCCUCAGAAUGACCUGCUGGGUCACGCAAAGACAAAGGCAUUCGUGACACACGGCGGCACUAACGGUCUGUAUGAAGCCGUGUUUCACGGCGUGCCUCUGGUGGGUGUGCCGCUGUUUGGUGAUCAGCCUGAUAAUCUCGCCCGUAUGAGCCGCCUCGGCACCGCCAUCGUCCUGGACUUCAACCAUCUGACAGCUGAGGAGCUGGCAGAGGCGCUGCAUGUCGUCAUAAACCAGCCAAGCUACAGGACCAACAUGCAGCGUCUGUCAGCGGUGCACCGCGACCAGCCAGUAACGCCACUGAGUACCGCCGUCUUCUGGGUGGAGUUUGUGAUGCGACAUGGUGGAGCUAGGCAUCUGCGGUUGGCAUCAUACGACCUCAACUGGUUCCAGUACCACAGCUUGGACACCAGUGCUGCCUUACUGGUUGCUUUGAUGACUGUUGCUGCUUUGUGGUGGGUGGGGUUACGUUGUAUCCUGCGGCAGUGCAGACGGCGAGCAGGAAGAGAGAAGAAGGACUGAAGAAGGUUUUGACAUUUUUGGAGUGAUAUACAAAUAGGUUUGGAGGUUUUAACCAUCCAAAAGAACAAAUGAAGACAAACUCCAUGGGUUUGGUUCUUCUUUAAUUUUAAGAACACAUGACUGCACUGUAUUCUCUGGUUCAGAGGAGAUGUCCUCAAAUGCAGCUUGUCUUUUAUAUUUUCUAAUAAACCAAACUGUCUCAUCAGUGUA